CUCGUACUCUGCCUUCUUUUCCAUACUUUUCCAGACCUGUGAAAGUAGCUAAGCGAAAUCCCAUACUUUGUCAGUCUGGUAUGUGGUGAAGAAUGAGAUUUGAACAUUGAUGUUGGCGUCAGUUUCUCAAUUUUCUCGUAAUUAGAUGAUGGGCAUCUUCAGAACUGAGAAAAUCCUAUUUUUGCAUUUUGAAAAAAAUAAAAUAAAAUAGAAACCGUGAAACUUAAAAAAAAAAAAAGUAUUUAUUUAUUUGGGGGCGGAGGGAUUGUUUACUCAUAUGGAAAGCUCACUUUACACUGAGGGGGUAACAUUAUCAACAGAAUAAUGUAGACUGAUCAUUUUGUCGAUAUGGAAGACGUCGGUGUAACUUUCUCUCUCUCUCUCCCAAACGCUCAACGCCAUUCCCUCCACCUCCCCCGGAGGGUUCCCUGGGUGGAAGACAUCAUCAGGCGCUCCAGGAGGUUGCAGAAAGCCGGCCGCGUCAUCCUGUGGAAUGGGCGGCGCGCGGACGGAGGGUGUUUUCCAGCUUUAAAAGCACCGGAGCCGGCUCCUCUGACAAACCGAGCUGCGUCAUCCCAACUGUGGAGACUUCUCAGAGAACCUUCACCGCUCAGAAGCGAUCCGAAACCCACCUCAACCCGGUUCCAAACGCUGCCACUCUUCCUUCCCCUUUCCGAUACGACGUACUCCUCUCGCUCGUGCUCAGAAGAACAGUUCACGCUCCCGUUUUAAAGAUUCCGAAAGCGAGUUAUGCCUUACGGCGUGUGACGCAACGCAACGCAGCGCUGCCGCUCUUGACUAGUACCGUCGGCGAAGACGUUGGUGCACGUUGAGCGCAGCCGGACGAAAGUUGCGCGUCGCUUGUUGAAUGCAGGAUACCUCCAGCCUGAGCGUCAAAGCCAAGUUCAACUUCGGAGCAGCAGCAGCAGCAGCAGCAGCAGCAGCCGGACAGGAGCGGGGACUCCAGCGUCUCAAAUCUACCGCCGCCGCCGAUAUGAAGUCUGCAGAGGAAGAUGCAUACAACUACACACCAAACGUGAGUCUUCCAAUUGGCAUGAGCAACCCAUGCCUGUCUACGCAGUACCACACCUUGCAGUCCAGUCCUGUCAUCCCGGUCUCCUCUUGCCACCAGACUGGCUACAGUGUCCAAAAUGACAACCAUGCCGCGUCAAGUUACUACCUGCCUCAAGCCUUGAGACCCAACGGUGCUCCGGCUCUGGAAAGCCCUCGUAUAGAGAUCACCGCCUAUAGCCAAUACCCGGAGGAUGAAGUAGAAGCCAGCGGCAGAGAAGAUCACAUCAUCAAACGAGGCGUCAACUCCAUUGUCACACUGACGCUGCCGAAUGUGGAUGGGUACCGUGAUCCAAGCUGUCUAAGCCCCGCGAGCAGCAUAUCCUCUCGCAGCUGUAACUCAGAGGCCUCGUCCUACGAAUCUGGCUUUUACAACUACGACAAUUCCCCGCAGAACUCUCCCUGGCAGUCACCCAGCGUUUCGCCCAGAGGGUCAUCCUCACUUCUGUCUUGUCCACAUGCCAUCGGUCCCGCAGCCUCUCCUCACCAUUCGCCCUCCAACUCCCCCCAAAUAGGCGCAAUGGCAGAGGAGGGAUGGCCAGCGCAGCCACGUGGGUCCCGGCCGAAUUCCCCCUCCUGCAGUGGAGUUGGCGGAGGCAACAGCGGUGGCAUAGGCAAGAGAAAAUACAGUUUCAGCGGCUCCUCUUACCAGCAGACAUCAUGCUCACCCAACCAAUCACCCACCCCUUCUUCACAUGGUUCUCCGAGGGUCAGCGUCACAGAUGAGAACUGGCUUACCAACACCAACCAGUACACCAACCUUGCCAUUGUAGCGGCUAUUAAUGCUCUCACCACAGAUGGAAUGGCUGACAUGGGGGAAGGAAUUCCAAUCAAGACACGGAAGACCAUGCUGGAUCUCUCACCAUCCAUGAGUCUGAAGGUGGAACCCGGAGGUGAGGACCUGGGUCCAGAAGGGGAGCUUCGACAUGACGAGUACCCUUCCCGCCUUAGCCUCAAGAAGGAGAAUUACUGUGGAGGGUUUCUGGAUGUACCACAGCAUCCAUACUCCUGGUCUAAACCCAAGCCUUACCUCAGCCCCUCACUGCCGGCUCUUGACUGGCAGCUGCCGUCCUGCUCCGGUCCGUACAACCUGCAGAUUGAGGUGCAGCCAAAGUCCCACCACAGGGCCCAUUAUGAGACGGAGGGAAGCCGAGGAGCCGUGAAGGCGCUGUCUGGGGGACACCCUGUGGUUCAGCUUUACGGCUACAUGGAAAGCGAGCCGCUCACCCUGCAGCUUUUCAUCGGGACCGCAGACGAUCGCCUCCUGCGACCGCAUGCCUUCUACCAGGUCCACCGGAUCACCGGCAAAACCGUCUCCACUGCCAGCCACGAAGUCAUGCAAUCCAACACCAAGAUGCUGGAGAUCCCUCUGCUGCCAGAAAACAACAUGAGAGCCAUAAUCGACUGCGCAGGAAUCCUGAAGCUGCGCAAUUCCGACAUCGAACUGCGCAAAGGGGAGACGGACAUCGGUCGGAAAAACACCCGCGUGCGAUUGGUGUUUCGUGUGCACAUCAACCAGCCCAACGGCAGGACGGUGUCCCUACAAGUCGCAUCAAACCCCAUUGAAUGCUCUCAGCGCUCAGCUCAGGAGCUUCCCUUGGUGGAGAAGCAGAGCGUGGAGAGCUAUCCCACCACCGGAGGCAAAAUGAUGCUCCUCGGCGGCCUCAACUUCCUCCCCGAGUCCAAGGUGGUGUUCGUGGAGAAGGCACAGGACGGCCAUCAUUUGUGGGAGACAGAAGCCAAGGUUGACAAGGACUCUGUCAAAACUAAUACUCUCGUUGUGGAGAUCCCACCCUACAGGAACCAGAGAAUAUCCAGUCCUGUGCAAGUCAACUUCUACGUCUGCAACGGCAAGAGGAAGAGGAGCCAGUACCAGCGCUUCACCUACGUGCCUGCAAACGUACCAAUAAUAAAAACCGAGCCCACUGAUGAGUAUGAUUCUCUUGGGAGUGUUGGGCUGUCUAUGCAUUCAAAGCCCUACUACGGCCAGCCCAGGCUGACGUCCAUCAUGCCUGUUGCUGAACCUGACCCCUGCCUGGUUGGUGGCUACCCUCCUUGCCCGCCCCGCCAUGCUGCCAUGCCACCGUCGUCUCCCAGCUCAAGCCCCACCCUGCACGAUCUGUCCCCUGUUGCAUACAACAAAUGCCUCCCCAACAGCCCAACUCGUGCCACACCACCAGGCACUGUAGCGCCCCCCAUUCAGGAGACCCCUUGCUGUCCAAGCCUUCCGUACCCGACAUCGCCAGAUCACAACUCUUCCCUAGUGGUGCUCCACUCCCAGGGCAGCCCGGGCUCCCUUGGUUACCAGCAUUCCGUCUAUGCCAACAGCAGUUCCUCGUCCUCCCCAGUGUCUCACCCUUCCACUCCUGGCGGGCCAGCGGAGACACCAUUUUUUCAAGCGUACAGCCCCAGCCAGGCAGAGGCUUCAGGCAGCUCAGCCCAGGCUGCAGGAAGUCCGCCCAGUCUGCUAGCUGAAGACGCCACUCCUCCUUCAAUGGACAUUACCAUCAAGCAAGAGCCCCAGGAACUGGAUCAGAUGUAUCUCGAUGAUGUGAACGAGAUCAUCAGGAACGACCUCUCCAGCAUUUCUGUGCACACUCACGCGUAGACGUCCAGAUGUCUUCUGCUGCAGCACAGCUCCGCACACACACACACACACACCCCUGCAGCAACAUCAGCCGAGGGAUGACACACACAUAGACACCCCCGCGCGCGGACACACACGUGAAAAAGAAAGCCAGAGGUCCAGAAAAAUGAAGAAAAGAAGCUUUGACGAAGAUCUCCUGCCUGGGUGUUUAAACUCAGAAAGCGGCUGCAGACUCACACCGACAAUCACCGGCAAGCUCUGUUUGAAUAAACGAGGUGAAUGUCGUAUCGAAGAAGAAAAAAAAAAAAAAU